AUGAUUCGGCCCAGACAUCAUCACAAUCACAGAAUAUCUGACCAGAGCAACGGGAAAGCACUAUCAAGAGGGCCUAAACUAUCACGAACACCGACUACUCCCAGUACCAAGAGCCUUGACCCUCUCUUCUACAACCUGAAUGAAUUUCCAAUAUCAUCCCCAAAUUCAGCUCAGGAUUUUAAACAACUCCUACAUCAAACUGUCGACCCGAAAGCCUCGAGACUUUACCGUGACUCGUCCAUUGUCAUGACUUGGUUCAAAGAACCCAGGACGCACGAGCUGGAUAAGUCUUGUCUUUUCCGUCCCGUACUUUUCGUUGUCAGAUUAACUUCCACUUAG